AACAAAACGGAGGUUUUCAGUGCGCCUCAAAGUUGUUCGAGUGAUUAAAAGAUAAAUUUAAGAUUUACCAGUCGCUUUCGUGUAGUAUUUUGAUUUUAAAGAUGAGUUCUAAAAACUCCGCACUUGCAUCACUAACAGCAACCUACACAGAUUCCGAAAAUGAAGGAGACCACAGGACAGACGAUGAGUCUCCGCAAUCGGACGGGGAGAGUUCUGUGUCACAGAUCCGUUCCCGACAGCAAACACCUUUGAGGGAUAUGUCGGAAAGCUCCGGCACACCCAUCGCGCAAACCAACAACAUCGCAAACGUCCUAAGCAAAUCAGCCGACCCGAGUGGUGCAAGCGACAAUGGAACACCGGGACCGCCUCGUAAGAAAGCACUACGUUUAGUGAGCUACAUUGACGACACAAUCGUAUCCGACGAUGAAAACAACUCUCCGGCCCAUGAUGAAGUCAAAUCGGCAGCGGAAGUGGAAGAAGAGCCCGAGCCUGAGCGAAGCCCUUCGCCGCAAAAGUUGGAUCGCGCGAAACUGUACGGGUUCAGUUUGCCCCCGGAGCCGAAGGGAAAGUGCUCGCAGGAGUUGCAGGAUAAAAUAGCCGCACUGUACGAGCGCAUGAAGAACUCCAACAUGGACACAAACCGGAACAUUCAGGAGCGGAAGGAAUUCCGCAAUCCCAGCAUCUAUGAGAAGCUCAUUCAGUUCUGCGACAUUAACGAACUCGGCACGAACUAUCCACCGGAUGUGUUCGACCCGUUCCAGUGGGGCAAGGAAUCGUACUACGAAGAGCUGGCGAAGGCACAAAAGAUCGAAAUGGAGAAGGUCGAGAAGGCACGUAAGGAAGCGACGAAAACGGAAAUCCAAACCGGCGUCAAGCGGAUGGAUCCGGAUGAGUCGAAGAAGCGAAAAUCGAAAUGGGACCAACCGGGCGUUCUGGGAGCGGCACCUGGAAUGCUCGGAGCAGCGGCUGCGGUCGCUGUCGUUAAUGCGCUAAAGCCAGCCGGUAUCAUUCAGCAAACGUUGACGACCACGGCCACCGGGACGAAGGGGACGGUCAUAUCUGCUUUCGGAUCGUUACCAAAGAAGCCCAAAAUUUAAGAACGAGUGAGUAGAUUAAAUGUCAACUACCUUUUAACAAAACUAUCACAAAGUAAGCUCUAGGACAAACACCGGAAAUUUUCUUUAUUAUCAAGGGUUUAAUAAAACCAAAACUACAUUUGUAUGUAAUUA